UAAAUAACAUGGGAAAUCAUUUGGUACAGAAAUGUUGUUUCAUGUACAUCAACAAUGUAGAUGAAAUUAAAGUUUUGCUUGUAAUUAAAAAAGUGAAUCAUGUUAUAUAACUACCCUUACUGUCUUAUAUAAAAGUAGAAACAGAAUACCCAUCACUAAUCAUCAAAUCAUGGAAGAAAAUUCCCCCCAACACAGUCGCAGCGACACGGGAGCGAGUCCAAAUGUAGAAUGUUUUCAAAACUAUACAGCCCCUGAAGUAUUUGUUCAAGGUUUAGCUGGGAUGGUGAAUCAACAAGACACUGAAACCAUAAUUAGGUCCCAGAAAUACAUGCUCCAAAGAUUUGAGAAGACGAACGAAAUGUUGAUAAAUUGUAAUCAAUUGUCCGCUUCGAGGCUCCAAAAUGCGUCCAGAGAUUUUAAGAAACACACGGCCAUGCUGCAAGAAAUGAAGAAAGACAUUGAUAACAUUUUCAGAAGAAUUAGAAACAUUAAGGCUAAAAUAUCUCAACAAUAUCCAGAACCUUAUGAACUCGCAGCCACAGCGCAGCGCAAAGAGAAAUCUCAACAAGAUGACGAAGACGAUGAAGAUGAGGAAGUUAUUAAUUUCAAUCCACAAAUACAAACGUCCACAUCGUCUUCAAUCUCAUCAAUCAUAUCAUCUAGUCAUCAUCAGGAGGCACGACUUGAUAAAUCCGCCUCUAUCGACAUACCAAAACCGAAAACAAGCGAAGUCUGAUAACACUAGACUUUAGCUAUUUUUAACUUGUGCAUCAACGAUUUUUGCCUCUUCAUUUAUGCUUGUUUAAACUUAUUUAUUUAUUAUCAUUGCCAUCAACAGAAAUAAAUUAUAUUGUGAAAUUAGAAAA